CCGGUUUGUGAGUCAGCGGGUUUUAUCAGUGGUUUGCGAACCUUUAAAAAGCCCCCAGUUAAAAGAGCAUUUUGGGUGAGCGCUCACACACACACUAACAAACGUUUGUGCGCUUUUGUGUGACAUGCUCCAUUAUAUUGACUAGCGGAGCCGUCGCCGUGGGAGGACGCGCAUGUCUGAUCGACAGCAGCAGCCGCAGCAGCAGCAUCAGUGGCAACAGCUGGAGUCAGAAGACAGAAGACAACACUUCUCUGCCUCGUGAUUGACGGGAUGUUGAAGUUGACUUACUGAAGACCGUAGCAAAAGCAGGAGAAGUUUCAUGACGUGAGGCAACAAGGCUCAGAUUUCACGCUCCACAAUGUCGGCCAGUGAGAGCACUGAUCUGACUAGCUGGAAAGAGGCCACGCCCACCAACAUCACCUGCGUCGAGAAAAAUCUGUCCGUGGCCACCUCGGUCAUCUCCAUGACUGUCGGCAUCCUCUCCAACAGCCUGGCCUUCUUCAUUCUGCUCAAAUCCUCCAAACGCAUGCCACUGAAAUCCAAGGCCCCCUUUUCAGUUUUUGCCACCAGCCUAGUGGUCACGGACCUGCUGGGCCACCUGGUCAAUGGCUCCGUGGUCAUUUACGUCUACAGCUUGCACAAGCAUUGGGAGACGUUCGACCCCCACGGCAGAGUGUGCAACCUCUUUGGCGCAACUUUGGUCUUCUUCGGCCUGAGCCCGCUGUUCCUGGGCAGCGCCAUGGCGAUAGAGCGCUGCAUCGGGAUCACCAAGCCCUUUUACCACUCGACCGGGUUAGCCUUCCGUCACAUGAACAAGCUGCUGUCUGUCAUCUGGAUCCUGGCUGCCCUGGUAGCUGCGCUGCCGGUGAUGCUGAGCAAGUCCUACAGGGUGCAGAACUCCAGGAGUUGGUGUUUUUACAAUUUGGACGAGCCCGACGACUGGCUGGAUGUGUUCCUGCCUAUGCUCUUCGCUCUGCUGGGCUUGCUGGCUCUGCUCUUCUCCAUCGUUUGCAACACGGUGACCAGCUGCUCCCUGCUGCUGUCCACGAUGCAGCGCAAGCGUCACAGCAGAGGAACGUCGUACCACGUUGAAAUGAUCUGCCAGCUGAUGGCCAUCAUGCUGGUUUCCUGUGUUUGCUGGGGGCCUUUACUGACCUGCGUCAUCCUGGCCUCCAAAGGCGAUUAUAACCCAGCAUCUGAUACACUGCUGUUUCUGGUGCGCAUAGCCACCUGGAACCAGAUCCUGGACCCCUGGGUCUACAUCCUGCUGAGGAAGGCCGUGAUGAAGAAAUUCUAUCUCAUGUUACAACGCUGCUGCAGGCCCAAGUCCCGGAAACCGAUGCGCUGGCAGCACAGCUUCCUGCGCAGCUCCAGAGACUCCAAGUUUGGCCCACCCGCGUGCCUCUUUGACGGCUUACUUGUACAAAACACUCACAUCGGUUUGUCUGAUGACUCCAAGACCGAAGUGCUUCACGCGGUGCUGUCUGUGUGGAAGAAAGGCUGAAAGAAAGUGGGAAGAUAUAUUUAAGAUUGACAGAAUAUUAUUGUCAUAGUGAAAACAAUUAGUAUGUGAUAUAGAUGGCGUAACCUGUCUCAAAUCAUGUAUGUUACAGUUGGGUGUUGUGUGUUAUUCUUUUUGAACAAAAAUUUCAGACAAGGGCCUGUUUGUGGAUCAGUAGUUUGGAAGCACAUCACAGGUAUUGUUAAAUGUCAUAUUUUGUCUUUGUGUA